AUGGCGGUGGCAGAUGUGAAGUUAAAUUCACCAACUCAAACAAACAGUCAAAGUGUUGUUGUCAAUGUCAAAGACAGAGAUGUUGAAGUGGGGAAACCAUACGAAGACGAAGAUGGUAUAACAAUAGUUCCUGUAAAAGAACAACCAACAUAUCCUGAAGUUAGCAGAGACUUAAGUUCUGUUGCAGAUAUUCGAAAUGACUACCAACAACUGAAAGACAAACUUAAAACUCAGGAGAAGAUUUGUCAAGCUUUAG